GAAUAAAACUUGUAUUUAAACAGCGGACGACUGUGCUGGAGGAUUUAUUUUUAUUUUUUUCUCAUUGCAAGUAUACACAGUGCAUUGGAAAAGAAUUCACCCCCCUAAAACUCUGGUGACUUACCUUGAAAUUCUGUCUGGCUGCAGUGUUUUUAUAUGUGCCUGGAAAGUGAGGUGUGCCCUGUGCAGUAAGUGUAGUGCAGUCAUCAGGAAGUCACAGACGUGUAAGGCAUGUGCACCCGAAAGCAACUGCUGCUCCUAUUCUGCUGUAUAGGAUGUAUCGGAGGGUUUUUCUACAGGUUCCUAAGCAUGGAUUAUUUGGAUAAAUUUAUACCUACUGCUUUCAAUGUCUUCCAACAACCCAAUAUCAACCAUUCCAUUAAGUUGGUCUUUCAGUUGAACUCCAGUCUGUUAGAACUUCUCAAGAUCAUUGACUGGCCUGAACCUCCAUCAGCUGUGAAUAAUUUUUUUUUCUCAACAAACCCCCGAAACUGUGACUACCGCUUGCUAAACCCUCGAGAUACAUAUAGGGUUGGUGAAUUCUUGGAAGUACUCAUCACAGCUCGGGAUCAUAAGCGGCAACCAAAGAACUAUGGUGGAGACUUCUUUCAGGCCAAGCUUCACAACACCAAAGUGAGGGCUGGAGUGACCGGACAGGUGACGGAUCAUGGCAAUGGUACUUAUUUAGCCAUGUUCUUGCUUCCGUGGCCAGGGAACGCUCAAGUACACAUCAGGCUCAUUCAUUCCAGUGAGGCUGUGGAUGUUCUGAAGAGGAAGAGGGAGAGUGAUCCCGGAAAGGUCUAUUUCAAUGGUCAUUUCCACUACAAUGACAGCAACGCGGUGGUGGAGUGCAAUCUAGAGGUUGCCGGAAAUGACGUCUGCAAAUAUACGGAUCCUGUUAGUGGUGACACGUGGCAGUGUGUGAGACCUCAGAAGAUGCCAUGCAGUUCAUUGGUCUUUCACUCAAUGGGAGGAUACCGCAAAGUGACCAACGCCCUGGAGGACUCUCUACUGAGCGGUUCUGUCACUGACAAGACUAUACCUGGUUCAGUUCCUCCGAUCAACGUCCAAUCAGAUCAGUCGUUUUCUGAACUCAUCUCUAAGCUCCCCAGCUGUAGACCUGGUCAAGAGUCUCUCCAGCCAUCUGGAUUCUAUUAUGAAGAUACUUGGACAUCAUUAGCGUGCAAGGGACGUCAUUUUCCUGAGCCUUCAAGCGCCUUAAACUGUCUUAGAGGAAAAGACAUCCAUAUGUUUGGGGACUCCACUCUGAGGCAGUGGUUCGAGUACCUGGAGAGGUUCAUACCUAGUCUCAAGAGGAUAGACUUGCAUGUUAAUUACCAGUCGGGUCCUCUGAUAGCCGUAGAUGCUGACGCCGGUCUGGUCAUGCGAUGGCGUGCCCAUGGAUUACCUUUAAGGACCACCAAGACCAUGAUGUCUGACCUCCACUACGAAGCAGCUCACUUGGCUGGUAUCGGUGGGGGGUCCCACACUGUGAUAGUGAUGACCCUUUGGGCCCACUUUACCUCCUACCCUUUGAGGGUUUACUUAGAACGGCUGGAGAGAGUCCAUCAGGCAAUCUCAUCUCUUCUUUUUCGAAGCCCUGAGACGACAGUGAUCAUUAAAUCUGCCAAUACGGGUUAUAAGUCAAUAUUUGGCAGUGACUGGUUGUCUCUUCAGCUGGACAUUUUACUAAGGGCAGUCUUCAAAGGAAUGGAGGUCAUAAUUUUGGAUGCCUGGGACAUGACAUCCUGCCACUAUCUUCCUGACAAUAUCCACCCAGGACCUCCAGUUAUCAAGAACCAGGUGGACCUUAUGUUGUCUCAUAUAUGUCCACAUUAAUGGAGAAGAGACACUUCUACAAGCCUACAUGAUGGUCACCUGAAAGGAUUCUCAAAAAUGUUUGUAACGCCCCAGAGGUGCAUUAGCACCUUCGCACUCCU